CUGCAAAAACAAAACGCUGACAGCGUUUCACCCACACGAAUGAGCUGCUGCUCCGCCCAUGUAAACGAAGUGACCCAGGAUUACAUAAAUAAAUACCAGGUUUGUGUGUCCGCACCCUUAGAGGAAUGUGACUGAGUGCGUGGACGUGGCGUGGCAGGAAAAUCCCGGACAAAGACAGAGCGGGCUCAUCCACGUGGAGCCUGCCACGGAGCAAAACCCGCAGCGGGGACCGGAGAGGGGGAGGACGCAGUGCUGCAGAGCCGGCGGGGCGGGGCGGGGCGGUGCGGGGCGGUGCGGGACGGGACAGAGGUGUUCUCCAGAAAUGAACCUUUAACCUGCGGAAAUCAACGCGUCUCUCCUGUCAACACUCCAGCUAUGCAUUCAGGUCUGCUCAUGGGGUACCAGCUGGUCCGGCUGGUCCCACCUGCUCUGUCCCUGUGGUUCCUCAUAAACCUGAGCCUGGCAGCACCAGGUCUGCCUGGGACUCAAAGGGAAGAAUCGGAUCUCCGUCCCCCUCCAGGACUGAUCAAUCCCUUCGGCUCUGGAGAAGAGGAACGCAGGUUGUUGCAGAGCUACAUUCAGCAAAGUCUACGCAACAGUCAGGGAAGUCCUGACAUCACUUCCUGGGAGCAAGAGGUGUUCUUCCUGUUUCGUCUCUACGAUUAUGAUCGCAGCGGAUUCUUGGAUGGCUUGGAGAUCAUGAAGCUGCUCUCUGACUACAUCUCCCAUCAUGCACUAGGACCAGAAGCCAGUGAGCAAGUGGUGUCCAUGGUGGAUUUCUUACUACAGACUCAGGAUCUAAACCAGGAUGGCCUGCUGGACCCUUCAGAGCUGCUGUCGCCUUCAUUUAUUAACACACAGCAGGGCUCAAGCAACAACAAAGCACCUCAUCAAGAGCAGGAGUUGACGGAAGAGAACAAGCAAUCAAACACAAUUACUGCGGAGUCGAAUGCAGGAGCGGUGGAGCAGAAAGACGAGCAGCGACUGGACGUAAUGAUGCUUCAGGACGAAUCCAUAAAGCAAACAGAGGAGCACCAGGCUCAAGAACGUCCUAAUCCGUUAGCAGAAACCCACCAUGACCCUGUGCAUCAAGGACAACCAGAAAUAUAAAUAUUAACCACUUUACCAUUUAGCCUGCUUUAGAAAAAAACUUUUAAAGAUAAAAGAAGAAUUAGAAAUUUCUCACUGUAAAUUGUGUUUUUUUUAUAUAUAUGAAUCUCUAAGCGUAUUUUAACAAACGGCUGUUAAAAUGCUGGGCCUCUUCAACGGCUUUCUGUCACAUUCUUUCUACGAAUAAAGUGAUUUCCACAGCUUUUACAAAGGUAGGGGUUUUAAAUUAAACUUAUAAUGCUUUCCAUAAAUUAAAAUGUUAUGAUUG